ACUGUCAUUUUUGAUAGCUGAUGAGUAUUAUCUACUUCCACUUACAUUUUCAUGGAAAUUGUGAAGAAGGUUGAGGAAAGUCUGCGUUAUUUUCAGUUCAUAGCACCCUCGCUCAACCAACAUCGAAUCCUCCGCGCCUUGCAUGAGAUAACUCUCGGAUCAGACGGUUGUGUGGCAUUGAAUUGCAUCGAAUUUCUCUCUCAUAAGCUCUGCACAGAAGAAGCUAUAAGAAGGCAGAGUUUGUUGUCCUCAACAAAUUUCACUCCGACUAAUCUCCACUCCAUAUCGAUUCUAACCCCCCACCCAUCAUGUUGGCACUUCGAUCUCGAGCAGCUAUCGUUGCGCGAAGAGCACGCACUGCGACUAGCAAAUUCCCUUCCUCUUCAACUGUGAGGUCCCUCCCACAAGCUACCACCGCCGUAGCUCUCUCUUCCAGACGUCAAUACUCUGCGCCUGCUACCGAUAGUUUUUCAACUCGUUCGACGGUUGUUCAACUACUCAGCAACAUUGGCUCCAAGCGCGAAGUUCAACAAUAUCUCUCGCAUUUCAGCUCCGUGUCUUCUCAACAAUUCGCAGUUAUCAAGGUUGGUGGUGCGAUUAUUACUGAACAUCUCGAAUCUCUCACUUCUGCCCUCGCCUUCCUCAACCAUGUGGGUCUAUUCCCAGUUGUUGUGCACGGCGCAGGACCACAACUGAAUAAGUUAUUGGAGGAUGCGGGUGUGGAACCACAAUUCGAAGAGGGCAUUCGCGUUACAGAUGGAAAGACAUUGGCAGUUGCGCGAAAGCUGUUCUUGGAGGAGAACUUGAAGUUGGUUGAGAAGUUGGAGGAGAUGGGAGUGAGAGCGAGACCAAUCACCUCUGGUGUUUUCGGUGCGGAUUAUUUGGACAAGGAGAAAUAUAAUUUGGUUGGCAAAAUUAACAAGGUUAACAAGGGUCCAAUUGAAGCUGCUAUCAAUGCGGGAUGUCUGCCAAUCUUGACUUCUAUGGCUGAGACUCCUGAAGGUCAAGUCUUGAACGUCAAUGCUGAUGUUGCGGCUGGAGAACUUGCCAGAGAAUUACAGCCAUUGAAGAUUGUUUACUUGUCUGAGAAGGGAGGACUUUUUAAUGCCGAUACCAACGAGAAGAUUUCUGCUAUCAACCUCGAUGAGGAAUAUGACUCUUUGAUGUCACAAUGGUGGUGCAGAUAUGGUACUAGAUUGAAGAUCAAGGAGACUAAGCAAUUGCUUGACCUUCUCCCAAGAUCUUCCAGUGUUGCUAUCAUUCACCCAGCUGAUCUUCAAAAAGAGUUGUUCACCGAUACCGGAGCAGGAACUUUGAUCCGAAGAGGCAACAAAUUAGCUACUGUCAGCGCUCUUUCCGAGUUCGAGGAUAUCCAGAAGUUGAAGGAUGUUCUUGUACGGGAUCGUGAAGGUUUGGAUGCACGAGCUACUGUUGACAGAUAUGUUGACGGACUCAAGAACAAGGAAUUAAAGGCCUAUUUCGAUGAGCCCAUGGAUGCUCUUGCAAUUGUUCUUCCUCCAAAGUCCCCAAGUUCUCUUUCUAAUUUGGCCACUUUUACUAUUACCAAGGCUGGAUGGUUGACCAACGUUGCUGACAAUGUUUUCGCUGCUAUCAAGAAGGAUCACAGCAAGCUGGUUUGGACUGUCAAGGAGGACGAUGAAAAUCUGACUUGGUUCUUUGAUAAAUCUGAUGGUAGCUUGUCUAAGAAUGGAGAGGUUAUGUUCUGGUAUGGAAUUACCGAUGGUAAUGAAGUCAAGGACCUCAUGACUGAGUUUGCCACUCACGGUAGAUCUAUGCUCGGAGAUGCUAACCUUGAGGCACGGCUUCACCGUGCUGCUAGAGCAGCUACUGGAAUGAGUGCUGCCAUGUCUGGUCAGGGUGGUAUCAGGCAACAAGCCCGAGCUUUCUCUACUUCUGCUCGUAGACCUGCUGUCAAAUCUUCCCGAACUUCCCGCUUCCCUACAUCAGGACGAGGAUAUGCUACAACUACCAAUCCUAACCCUCCUUUUGGCAAGCAAAACUCAUCAAACACCCAGCCCGCCAAGGUUGCUUUGAUUGGUGCCAGAGGAUACACUGGACAAGCGUUGAUUAGUCUCCUUAAUGCUCACCCAAACAUGGAUCUCAGACAUGUCUCAUCAAGAGAGCUGGCUGGACAAAAGUUGAAGGGUUAUGAGAAGAGAGAUAUUACCUAUGAAAACCUUUCUCCAGAAGAUGUUCGCAGAAUGGAAGAAAAUGGUGAAAUUGACUGUUGGGUUAUGGCACUACCAAACGGUGUCUGCAAACCUUUCGUUGAUGCAGUCAACGAGGGCAAGGGUCCUCAAAAUAGUGUCAUUGUUGAUCUUUCUGCGGAUUAUCGAUUUGACAGUAAAUGGACAUAUGGUCUUCCAGAAUUAGUCAACAGAUCCGAUAUUGCCAAGGCAACUCGAAUCUCCAACCCAGGUUGUUAUGCUACCGCAGCUCAACUUGGAAUUGCUCCAUUGGUACCAUUCCUUGGUGGUCAACCAACUAUCUUCGGUGUAUCAGGUUACUCUGGAGCAGGUACCAAACCAUCCCCAAAGAAUGAUGUUGAGAACCUUACUGGUAACAUCAUUCCUUAUUCUCUCACUGAUCACAUUCACGAACGCGAAAUUGGCAACCAAUUAGGUGUUGAAGUUGCUUUUAUUCCUCACGUUGCAGUCUGGUUCCAGGGUAUUCAUCACUCUAUCUCUAUUCCUUUGAAAGAGAAGAUGACUAGUAGAGAUAUUAGAAACCUUUACCAAGAGCGUUACGCUGGAGAGAAAUUGGUCAAGAUUACUGGAGAAGCACCAAGUGUUAAGAAUAUUAGUGGAAAGCAUGGCGUAGAGAUUGGUGGAUUUGGAGUACAUAGCAGUGGCAAGAGAGUGGUUGUUUGUGCAACUAUUGAUAAUUUGUUAAAGGGAGCCGCAACUCAAUGUUUGCAAAACAUGAACCUCGCAUUAGGAUUCGCGGAAUAUGAAGGCAUCCCACUUGAAUAAAUGCAAAAGCCUCGGUCCUUUGAGUAAAUGCAUACAGGUAGUUUGAAUUCCGUGUGUUUUUGCGCCCGAAGAUUAAAAAAAUGUUGAUAAAAGACGGGAGGACGGGAGAAGAAGGAAGGGAAUUAAGGAAUCAAGUUGAUGGUGGGAGAAGUGAAUGAGGAAGAAGUAUGGAUGAAUGUGUUGUAUAUAGAAGGAUUUGGGGAAGAUGUAGUAAAAAGAUCGGGGUGAUCGUGGAGAGAGAGGAAAUGAUGGGGUAGAGUAAAGAGGUUACUUGGAAGAUGGAUGGCUUAGGUCGUCAUGAAGGAAAGUUUAGUUUUGCAGUGAUAAAUACCAUUUUGUUCAGUCGAUUGCCGUUUUUGAGUGCUCAUCUUGGGAAAUUUGAGAAUUAAAAAGUCUUUGGGACUGGUUUAUGUGAGUCAGUUG